AUGGGUGUCUGGUACAUAGUAUUGCUUUCCGUAAUUAUCGGAGUUGUGACUACAGAACCUUCUCCUAGUAAUCCAUCUCUUCCUUUGGACGAGGCCAAGGCUACAGUUGAAUCGCGUGUACUACAGCGAGUGGAGCUUUUGUUACAAACCUUGAGCGACAAACUAAUAGUGUUGGACGAUCGUGUCGAUGAAAUGAAACGAGAGAUCGGCAGCUUAUUUCUUGUGCAAAAUAAAACCAACGAAUCUUUGGGAAAAGUUUCGGAACAAUUGCAAACCUUCUCAACGUCAACUGCACAGCAGAUGGUCAAUAUAGGCCACCAGUCCGGACGACUUGCGGAAGAUUCAGGAGUAUACUUUAUGCGACCGGAUCCAUCGAAAGAUAUUACUUUUGCAGCAGUUCGCGACUGGACAAAUAAUCAUGGAUAUGGUGACAACUGGAUCGUUUUCCAGCGACGUUUGAACGGUUCGGUCAGUUUCCGUCGCAACUGGACCGAGUAUAAGCAGGGGUUCGGUGAUCUACGCGGUGAACACUGGUUGGGGUUGGAAAAGCUGCACAUGAUCGUGAAAUCCCGUCGUCACGAGCUGCUCAUCGUGUUGGAAGACUUCGACGGUGUGAUUGCGUAUGCACAUUAUGAUGACUUUCAAAUCGGUGAUGAAAGUGAGAAAUACGUCUUAAAAUCGGUCGGUGAAUAUUCCGGCACUGCGGGUGACUCAUUUACCCAUCACAAGGAAGAAAUAUUUUCAACACACGAUCAGGACAAUGAGUCUAACUGUGCCAAAAAGUACGGUGGCGCAUGGUGGUUUCACAGUUUCUUUUGUGUUUUUAGUCAUUUGAACGGAGAAUAUAUCAAAGGCAAAACCAAUCGAAUGGAUCAAGGCAUUAAUUGGCUUUAUUUUCGGGGGCAAUAUUAUUCCCUGAAGAGCACCAAAAUGAUGGUCCGUCCUGCUGAGUAA